AUGGCAACAAAAGUUUCGCCACCGUCGGCACAACUAUUCCUGCUGCUUUCUUUGAUUCUUUGGCCCUCGAUAUCUGCAAAAUCAGGACACUUUGUGCUCGUUCAUGGUGCUUGUCACGGAGCAUGGUGUUGGUAUAAGUUGGUAUCUCUCCUGCAAGAUGCAGGGCACAAAGUUACAGCCCUGGACUUAGCUGCCUCCGGGAUUGAUACAAAACAGGUGUCAGAUUUGCACACCAUUGACGACUAUCAUGAACCUCUAUACUCGUAUCUAAAGGCUCUAUCGCCCGAUGAUAAGGUCAUUCUUGUUGGCCACAGCAUGGGUGGCUUCGCGGUUUCCUCUGCCAUGGAAAGAUUUCCUGAAAAAAUCGCGUUUGCAGUAUUUGUUGCAGCACAGAUGCUUGGACCUGAGCUGAGUAUAUACAAGCUCCUGGAGCACUACAAUACCACAGAUGGAAACCUUUUGGAUCCUCUUAAAACACUAUAUCAACAUUCGGAGAAAUUUCUAACUUUGUGA